GUCAAAUCGAGACUAUUUUUUUCAAUUUCUAUUCGUCUUUGGUCAGCGGUCCAUGAACUGAUUCGUACGGAUUUAUUAUAGUAGGUGUAACUAAAAUCAAGAGACCAUCAGCUUAAAUUGCUACCUAUACAGCCGAUAGGUGGUAGGAAUAUCGUAGAUAAUUCACUCGCACAGUUCCGUUAUUUACGAUGACGGAGCCGGCUGAGACAGUAAGUUUUGGUCCAAUGCGGCGAUUGUCGGAAGACAGCGAGUCCAAUGACGAGCAGCCGGAACAGGCGCAGAGUACUGCAGUUCAAAUCGAUCAAGCUGCCUCAAGCAAUUCAAAUCAGGUGAAACGUGCUUUUAGUGACGACAGCGAUGACACGGAUCGCGAUGUGAAAAAACAUAAAAGUAACCAUACUGUGGUUGUGGCGACCCACUACAAUCAGAUAGAGGAACGUGGAUUACAGGAGCGAACCAAGUCGAACAUUUUCUACAUGAGGAAUUUUAACAAUUGGAUCAAAAGCAUUAUCAUCAACAAGUAUUUGGAUAUCGUGAGGGAGAAAACAACCCGAGGUAAUCCGCUGCGGGUCAUGGAUAUGUGCUGUGGAAAGGGAGGAGAUCUGCUCAAAUGGUUAAAGGGUAACAUUACCCAUCUGAUCUGUACGGAUAUCGCGGAAGUGAGUGUGGAACAAUGUGAGGCUCGCUAUAAGAAAAUGAGACCGAAUAACGAUGGAGGAAAGCUUUUUACGGCGGAGUUUUUCACUGCGGAUGCCACCUUACAGAGGUUAAGGGAAAAAUAUAAGGAUGUUUCGAUAGAUUUGCAACUGGUCAGCUGUCAGUUUGCAUUUCACUACUGUUUCGAAUCGUUGAAGCAGGCAGAAUUCAUGCUCAAAAAUGCUGCCGAAUGUUUGAAGGAGGGAGGAUAUUUUAUAGGAACGAUUCCGGAUGCAAACGAAAUCAUGAAACGGCAGCGAGCAUCCGGAAGCGAUUCGUUCGGCAAUGACGUCUAUCGUAUCUCAUUCCAAUGCGAUACGGAAAAACCGCCCCUGUUUGGGGCCAAGUACAACUUUCAGCUGGACGGUGUGGUGGACUGUCCGGAGUUUCUGGUUCAUUUUCCGACACUGAUCAAGCUUGCCCGAAAAUUUGGCCUUCGGUUGAUCGAAAAGAAGCGCUUCGAUGAACUGUACGACGAGUCGAUUCCUACCUGGAAGGGGUUGAUAGAAAAGAUGCAAGCGCUGGAAACCUAUCCCGGCCAUUCCCGGAGCGACUGCGAAAGGCAACGAAACCGGGACGAGUAUCAACAUGCGAUUCGGUUUUUGGACCAGAAAACUGACGACCGGCGAGCAAAGGUCGGCACAUUGUCCAAGUCGGAAUGGGAAGCUGGCACGCUGUACAUGUUUUUUGCGUUUCAAAAAAUGAAAACCAGCUGGGACAAGAACGGAAAACCGGUGUACUCGUAGUUCCAGGAAUGAGCAAUGAUCAAGCUAUUAGUUUUUUUUAAUUAGGGAUGUAACAAUUUCACGAUUGUGAAUACUAUAAAAAAUUAGUUCUUUUUUUCUCAG